UGCAUCACUGUGCCGCCGCUGCACGCGCGCAUGUUUCUCUAUCUCUUUCUCAGCUCACCUUGGCAAACGCGAUUCGCAAUUUUCACGCGGUGCGGACGAGGUGGUCGAAAUCUUCGCCUCGCGGUUUGUUGUCAUUAUUUCGAGGAGGUUCGAAGAAUCGAGGAGGAGAAAGACGCUCAGGCGAGUAGUGCAGCGGAUGCAGUAGUCGAGGUAAACGUCCGAUUUAUUAUAGUUAUUGAUUGAUUCGGGAGACAUGUAUAGGUUGAGCUUUUGUCAUGCUCUCGCGCGUCGCGUUGUUUAUACUUAUGCCGAGCGUGGUUUGCCAGCUAUCCUUGUAUAAGUAGACCGAAAGUGACGUCAUUUGCAUUUUGCUCAAAGAUUGAAUAAAUAUUAAUGUCUAGUACUUUAAUGCUAUGCAUGGAUAUAAAAGUGUCAGCGUUUGAUUACAUCAAGAAGAAUUAAGUCUUUAGACAAAGGAAUAAUUAAGUCACAACAAUACAGACGUCGGAAUGUUGUCAGACGAAAAUUUAACACGAUCAGCAAAAACCAAGCCGUACAUGCGAAUCCAUCAUUCGAGAGCUGCACAGUGUACCAUCAAAAUUCAAAAUGCGCCUGCCGAUACCACGACUGAUAACCUUCGACGUGACGGGUACCCUGCUGAUGACCAAAUUGGAACAGCACUACGUCGAGGCAGCAGCGAGUCACGGCCUGGACCGGAUAGACGUCCCGAGGAUAGCCAACGCUUUCAAGACGAACUUCAAGCGCCUGGAGCACGAGCAUCCGAUAUUCGGCAAAAGCACCGGGCUCGGCUGGCAGAACUGGUGGCGGUCCCUCGUGCACGAAGUUUUCAGAGAUCAGGAUCGGGCUAUUUGUUCUGAGAAGCUCGAUAAGAUUGCGGACAGCCUGAUAGAGUGCUACAGCACGAGCCGAUGCUGGCACAAGUAUCCGGGCACGGCUGAGCUGCUCGAGAGCCUGAGUCGGCGCCGGCCGCGAGUCGUCCUCGGGGUCAUCUCGAAUUUCGACGAGCGGCUCGAGGCAGUUCUCGACGAUGCCAGGAUCAGGUCCUAUUUCUCCUUCGUGAUCACGUCCUACGGUCUGGGAGUCGAGAAACCGAGUCCGGCUAUAUUUCAGGAGGCCCUAAGACUAUCCUCGAUCGACCUAGACGAAGCGAUCCGACCUGACGAGGCGAUACACAUAGGCGACCGCGUGGACAACGAUUACCUGGGCGCUCGAUCGGCCAACUGGAACGCCAUCCUGAUAAAUCGCGAAGAUGAUCCUAUCGAUGAGAAAGUCGUCGAUCCGCGUGACGUCUUUCGCCACUUUGACGAUCUCAAAACGCACUUCGAUAGCUUGCUGACUAGAAAUGCUGCGUAUGGGCGAUGAUGACUACAUUAUGUUGUAGCUGGCCUUUUUUGCACAUAGAGUCGAAAUUUUGUUAGUUUUUCUAUGACUGAAGUGAAAAAGGGAGUUGUUGGAUGUUUAGCGUUACGACUUGUACGCGAUUGAUAGGUAGAGUUACGUUUUUUCAUGUAAGAAGUAUUCAUUACUUCUGUGGAGAAGCUUUCAUUAUUUAUAGUAAUUUAUAAAUGCUGUUUGCAAUCUUAAUUUAAGAGUUUACGACGAGAAUUUAAGGCUUUGAUGAAUAUCUUAUUAUAAGAUAAAAAUACACUUGAUUAAAAUGCAUAAUACAUUUAUGAAUAUUUUUGUAAGUCGGGAAAAAUGCGCGGAAGGCAACCAGUUUAUCAAGAUACAAAAUAAAUGAUUUGCACGUUGUGUGCUUCAUUUUUAGUCGUAUUGUAAUCUCUCGAAUCGUACCUUAAACUUGUGCCAUGUAAGUCAUCUAGUACAUAAAAUAUUUUUGUCUGAAAAGCUCAGGUUAGCCAUAAAAAUGUAAAUGUGAUUUUUAGUUGAAACUGUACUCGUUUUUUCAAGUAUUAAGAAAAUAAUUCAACGAACGAGACCCAUCAUUUUAAUGUUCAUAAGAAGUUUUUACAAACUUAUUUCCAUGGUGUCUCGUAUACCCACGAAUCUUCAUGUAUACGUGAUAAAAAUAAUUAUAAGCCAGACAGAGUUCAAAGCCAAAUAUUGUUUUCUAUGUGUGCGUAUUGUGAGAAACGUUGUUAUCGAUUAACAAUAAAUAUGCAUUCAAUGCAUAAAACUAGAA